AUGACCGACAGACGUGUUGAUGCUGCGUCAUCCUCCUGGGAUUCAUUGCCGUGGGAAAUUCGUCUACAGAUCCUAGGGCAAAUCUCGCGCCAAAAGCACCGGGGAUGGGCAGCUUCUUGCGCGGCUGUUUGCAAAGAAUGGCAGACCUUCGUUGAACCAAGGAACUUUUACCGACUGAACUUACGGGUGUCAUGUCUCGAGGAAUUCAAACACAUGGUGGUCCGACAAAGACACCUUGUUCAGCACGUCCGGCUGAAUAUUGAACUUCCGCGGUACGGCUGUCGCGCUUGUCGGUGGUACGCGUCAACGUCCUGCAUGAUACACCAUAGCACCGUCGUCGGAGAGGCGAUACAGCAACUCUUCUCUAAUCUGAGCACCUGGAAGCCUACAGGCCGCCUCGUCCUAGAGCUCAACGCCUUCUCAACUAGCGAUGCGGAGCACUGGUUCAAGUUCACGGUUGAUCAUACGGAGCGUGGCUACGACGAUGAUAGAGAUUCAGAGAAACCACUGAAGCGCACUCUCCAAUGGCACGACCCAAGACACGGCUGGGUUUUUGGCCAGCAGGUAGAGGCGCCCUGUGAUAUGGCUAUUACGCGGCUCUUCGACACCGUCUGCAUCGAUCUCCCAUCAUCUCUGCCCGAGGUCGAAGUAGUGACAGGAUUUAUACUGCGUCGAGAGCUUCGACGGCAGAUUCUCCCGCAGGCACUGGAGAUCCUAUUGAAGAGACUACCCCAAUUGCAGAGUGUAGUCUACGAGCCAUGGCGUGUUGCUUCGCGCAUAUUGAAGAGGGCGUGCGACAUUCGUAUCAUACCGAGUCGCGUCAAAAGCCUAUCUAUCUUUGAGGAUCCCAAUGAUCAGCUUCUGUUGGCAAUGGCCUACGAGCCGUCAUAUGCGGACGACAUCAGCAAUAACCCCAGCGCAAGUCCCAUGCUGGUUAGAGCCCUCGUCUUGCGAAGCCAGGAGCUUGAACAUCUUUCGAUUUCCCUCAUGGUCGAUGCCCGGCGGUUCUUCAACGCCUGUCGGCCGUCUCAUAGCUGGCAUCACCUGCGAUUCUUGACGCUCACGUCGUCGAUUCUCCGAGAAACAGCCCCUCGCGAGGAUAUCUCUUCCUUAUUACGCGACGCAGGCGUACUUGCCUCACACAUGCCGCAGCUUGAAACGAUGGUACUUUGGAACAGCAGACCCGGAGAAGCAUGUGCGGCUAUUUACCAAAGAAAGAAAGCAAGCCCAAUAGCCACUCUCACAUGGCGUGGAACAUGGGAUCUUGAGCUCAGCCCUGAGGUGGUCAAGUCUUGGGAGAAGGUUGCCUCUUCCAAUUCCAGCUGCCUGUGGGUCGAGAAAGAGCAAGUGCAAGGUGUUAUCGACCGUCACGGCGAAACUAUGAUCAACUCCCACGGCGAUGCCAUUCACCAUUUGCGCUUGCCGGGCGGAGUCAUCGAUCCAGUAUCGCUGUUUCAGCUACGUAGGGAGGGGACGGUAAAGCAAGUGGCCUGA